ACUUCAAUCCCUAUAAUUUUCCAAGGUAAAGAAGGCAUCUUUAUCAGUUUAGAUCAUGGGUUACAAUGAGAGGUGGACUGGUGGCACAGAGCCACCGGCAAAUCUGAUGGUUCAAAUUUGAAAGCGCAGUAAAUCCGGCGUACCCACUGCGAAUCAUAGCGCCAGCUAUGCUGAAAUUACACGAACACCCUCUCUUCACUUCCUCACCUGGCAUUUUGAAAUAUAUCAUAUUCAUUCAUUGGGGAAUUAUUAUUAUUGAGCGCCGCUUUUUUCCAGUCAGUCCACAGCUGCUGCUUUCAUUUCCAGCUGUGGUGAGUUUUGGGUGAGACAGCCGAAAGGGGAAAAGGGUGCUCAGCCACAGCACUCUUCUUCCCUUUGGUUGCUUCUGUGAGAGAGAGAGAGCAGAGGAUCAAAGGAGGCAAAAAUGGAGAAAGCUCUCACUAAGGUUAGCAGCAUAAAAGCGGGGAGCUUUUGGAUUUCAAGGAAAGCCAAGGAGGAGUUGUCUAACAUCUCUGGAGACCUCACUACUUUCUCAAAUACUGUAGAAGAGAAGGCAAAAUGGAUUUUCAACAAGCUAAAAGGAAAGCCACUUAAAAGUUUGCCAGAUCUCCUUAGAGAGUAUAACUUACCAGCUGGCCUCUUUCCCCAGAACAUAACCUGUUAUGAAUUUGAUGAAUCAAAGGCCAAGCUGGUUGUCUACUUGCCUUCUACCUGUGAGGUGAGCUUCAAGGACUCCUCGGUCGUAAGGUACGCUACUCGGGUGAAAGCAAUCCUGCUGAGGGGAAAGCUGACAGGAAUAGAGGGAAUGAAGACCAAAGUCCUAGUAUGGGUUAAGGUCACAAGUGUGGCAAUUGAGGGCUACAAGUCUGACAAGGUGUGGUUCACAGCUGGUGUGAAGAAGUCGAGGCCCAAGGAUGCAUACGAAACACCCCAUGACGCUGUCAAAGUACAAGAAGUUUGAGCUUUAGAAUAUUAGACAUCAUUAGCAUCAUCUUUCGUGGUGACAGAUGACUUACCAUUAUAAGUACUCCCACAGAUUACUAAGGGUUUUCUUCUUGAAAAGAUUCGAGAUGUUAUUGCCUUUAUGAUGGCUUAGAUGGGUUAAAAGUGGAAUUGAUUAUGCGCCACUGGGCUAUACUAAACGUCCGUGAUGCGUGGAUGCUUUAGUAAAGCUGAACUAGUUGGUGGUUAAUCAGUAAGACUAUCUGGACUUGCAGAGGUGGUAUUUUUUGGAUUUGUAUAUGAAAUUCAGUUCAGUAUGAUAAAUGGUAAACUUACCUAUUUGCAUCACAUGAUGAAUGAAUGCUACAUGCACAUGAUGAUGUUGCUACA